GUCCUAAUCAAACAGGAAAUUCAAAGGAAGAGUGGUUAUGCCAUCCAGGCUGAUGAAGAGCAGUUGCGAGUUCAGCUAGAUACAAUUCAGUGUGAACUAAAUGCACCUACUCAGUUCAAGGGCCGACUAAAUGAAUUGAUGUCCCAAAUAAGGAUGCAGAAUCAUUUCGGAGCAGUCAAAUCUGAAGAAAGAUAUUACAUAGAUGCAGAUCUGUUAAGAGAAAUCAAGCAGCAUUUGAAACAACAACAGGAAGGCCUUACCCACUUGAUUAGCAUCAUAAAAGAUGAUCUAGAAGAUAUAAAGUUGGUAGAACAUGGAUUGAAUGAAACCAUUCACAUCAGAGGUGGUGUCUUUAGUUGACAGUUCACAAACUUGUUUUAGAGGUUUGUGAAAUCCAUCUUCUUACUGCAUCAGGCCUUUCUUAAGAGUGAAACUGACCACAUGGAGAAAAAGAAAAAAAAAUCCUUUCCUGGCUUGGUUUUCUGAGAAGGUUACUGACAAAUUACUGUUCAUCAAAUCUGAAAUAACAUAGUCACCUCACAGCUCUUCAAAGAUAACCUUUGAAAGAUUUAUAUCUAAACGCUGUAUUUACCUUAAAAAGAGAAAUACAUAAUUACCAAAAGUAUAUGUACUAUUGUACAUUUAUACAACAGCAUUUUCUUAAAUAUAAUCAGUGUUUAAUGAUUAUUCUCCAUUGACCCUGUACUCUGCUUUCCAUAGCAAGUAAAUAUGAAAUGUCUACUUUGCACAUAAUAAACUAUAAUUACUUGCCUGUUGGAUUUGUACUUCAGAUUAUAAAUGUACAUCAGUUUUUAUAUCUGUGAAUUUAACUGUGGGAGGAGUAAAGAAAGUCCAAAAGUAUUUAAUGAUUAAUGUGGUUUUCUUUUUGUUCUAUAAAGAUAUGAAAAUAUAUUUUUAUAUUAUUUUACUUAUUUGGAAUUUACAGAAUACACCUAAACAAUUAGUAUAUAACAAAGUUACUUAUCAUUUUUGCAACUCUUGUUUUUUAAACAUUUUUAUUUCUAAAAAAGAUGAAAACUUAUAAAUAAAUUCUUAAUUUCUAAUUACUUUUA